CUUCUCUCGAAAGCCCCACCCUAAUAGGAGAGGCAUCUCAUAAAGAACUAGACUCUCUUCAGAGGAAACGAAACUGAUCAAGUUUAAAAUGGCAGAGUGUGAGAAGGAGCAUGGUGCUGAGCUAGAACUGAGUCAGUUCUGCUGUUCGGUGUGUCUGGACCUGCUGAAGGACCCCGUCACCAUCCCUUGUGGACACAGUUACUGUAAAGGCUGUAUUGAAGGUUUCUGGGACCAGAAUGAGGAGAAGGGAAACUACAGCUGCCCGCAGUGCCGCCAGAUCUUCAGCCCCAGGCCUGUUUUGGGAAUGAACAACAUACUGGAUGAGGUUGUUGAGAUGUUAAAGAGAACAAACACCCAGCAGGCUGCUCACUCUCCUCCUGAGGCCGCCGAUGCCGAUGCUGAGGCCUGCGCUGGCCCACAGGACAUAGCCUGUGACUUCUGCUGUGAGACUAAUCCCAGAAAAGCCACCAUGUCGUGCCUGACGUGUGUGGCUUCCUACUGUCCUGCUCACCUUGAACCUCAUUACAGAGUUCCAGUGUUGAAGAAGCACCAGCUGGUCUCGGCUACAGUCCCACUGCAGGAGAAGAUGUGCACCAAGCACAACAAGCUGAUGGAGGUCUACUGCCGGACGGACAGGAAGUGUAUCUGCUAUCUGUGCGUCAUAGACGAGCACAAGAGCCACAGUACAGUUUCUGCUGCUGCUGAGAGGGAAGAGCAACAGAAACAACUGACUGUGAACCAAAAUAAAGUCCAGAAGAGGGGAAAGGACAGAGCAAAGGAGCUGAAAGAGCUGCUGGAAGUCCUGAAGGAUUUUAAGAAAUCUAGCCGGACUGCGGUGGAGAGCAACAAUAAGAUAUUUGGUGAGCUGAUCUCGUCCAUAAAGAAAAACUGCUCUUUGGCGGAGCAGCUGAUCUUUUCUCAGGAGAAGGUGGCGGUCGCUCAGGCCGAGCAGCUGCAGCUCCAGCUGGAGGAGGAGAUCGCCAAGCUGACGAAGAGAGACGCAGAGCUGGAACAGAUUUCUCAUGUUGACGACCACAUCCAUUUCAUCCAGACGUUCCAGUCCCUGUCGGCCUCCUGUGAAUCUCCAGACUUGCCCAGUGGUCUUGUUGUCCGCCCCAAACAUACGUUCAAAGCUGUGACAGACUGCCUGUCCAAACUGAAGGAGGACAUGGAGAGACUCGUGAAGGAAUCAUGGCCCAGCAUCACAACAAAAGUGUCUGCUGUAAAUGUUUUGUUGCAGCCUGGGCCCAAGACCAGAGAACAGUUUUUACGCUAUUCCUGUCCUCUAAAACUGGAUGAGAAAGCAGUCUCCCAAAACAUGACCCUUUCCAGUGAAAACUUACAGGCAACGUGUAAAACAGAAGAGAACCAAGUUUAUGAUCAUCUUAACUCAUAUAACUCAUAUGACUCAUAUGACUCUUAUAACUCUUAUACAACACAGAGGAUGACACGUACUGAGCAGAUUUGGUGCAGUGAGGCUUUGACCGAGCGAUGUUACUGGGAGGUCACUUUGUAUGGUUACACUUGGUGUGUGGCGGUCUCUUACAAAGACCUCAGUGGAACAUUGUCAUAUCACUCUGAGUUUGGACAGGAUAACAGGUCCUGGAGUUUAGAGUGCUCAAGCAGUGGUUGCUCUUUAAAACACAACAACCAAAGCAUGAAUGUGUCCGCCACUCAACAGUCCAAUAUCGGAGUGUUCCUGGAUUACCUAGAGGGUACUCUGUCCUUUUAUAGCAUCUCUGGUUCCACGAUGACUUUGAUGCACAAAGUAGACACCACCUUCACUGAACCUCUCUACACAUGCAUCGGGUUCAAGGACGAUGGGUCUCAGCAAGGCACAGCUUAUUAUGCACAACUUGUAAAGAUCUGGGGAUAACUUGGAUUUUAGGUUAGUUGCUGGCCACCAUUGUUGACUAAUGGCUGGCACACAUUACAGGAUUCUUCAAACCUUCACACAUAUAGAGACCACACACUUGAUGAUAACAAAAGACAGAUUGCACAAGAUUCUUCAGCAGAGUACCAGGUUCUUCACGCUCAAUAUUCCAAAUCUUGCGUAGUAAAACAUGACUCCGGCGGAAUGUGGGCUGUAUGCAUUACAGCACAAGGUGGAGGUGAGUAAAAAUUGCUCAGCUCCUCUCGGGAGCAUCCUACACACUACUAUCAAACAUGCUCAUUAUUUACGAUCUCUCCUUCUGAGGCCUUACGAGCGGCACCAACCCAAAAAAAUCACUCUUAACACACCCCACACCACAGGAAAAUCAGACACCAUGUCGUUUGUAAACAUCAGAUGAUCUGGCCUUUGCUGGCUUUGAUCGUAACGGGGACAUCGGGACAAAAAUCAGCCUGAUUGUCCUGUAGUGUGUACCCACCAUAGACUGUAAAUACAAAUGGACAGCGUUACUCCGCCUCUUCCCGUUGUACGUUUCUGAAGCCAAAAAAUCCUGCUCCUGGGCGCUGCCAUUGUGCAGCCAGAGCCUGCAAAGCCACUGUAACAAGCUCCGCCCUACAGCAUAGCGUCACAAGACGCUGUGUGUCCUUUGAAGUUUCCCUCUACGGCGGCUGUGAAUCAAAGGAAACCCGGAAGUAAAACCCUGUUUUUUAACCUCUAAUAACUAACGAAAAAGAAACUUUUAAGAAAAGAGGCCUUGAACACAAAACAGUCAAAUAAUAACUACAUAUCACCAUAGCAUACGGAUGUGAGAAACAUUCAUACGACGUGUAUUUAUUUUUCAAAUUUUGACUGCCCCCCCAUUCAAAUGAAUAAGGGAAAAUGAUUUUUUGACCUAUACUGCAGCCAGCCACCAGGGGGCAGACACACUGCUGAAAGCUUCACUUCCAGCCGAGCGAGAUGCACCCCUGGUACCCACCUCAAGCUGUCAUAAACCAUGUCACAGGCCGGACACUUUUCUGUUUUCCUCAGACAUUAACUAUUUACCAGAUUAAACCAUGUUUUUUUUUUUCCAAGUCCAGUCUUCAUCUUGAAAGUUUAUUUUUUCCAUAACUGUUUAAUUUUGCUAUUGCUUGUUUCUGUUACAAUUAAAAUAAAGACAUGUGCUAAUA